GAUGAGUGCGCUCUAAUCUCUGCCUUUAAAACCCUCCAGAGAAUCACACAGACACUCACUGUACUCGCUCUUCUCUCUCCUCUCCUCUCUUCUCCUCUCACUGUAAAAUGUCCUUCUCUUCUUAUUCUUUUUUGUUUCUUUUGUUGAUACUUAUAAUUAUAAGUGUGAAUUUAAAUGUAGUAGAAUCUUCUAAAUCUUCUAAAUCUUCCAAUUAUACAAAAAUUGGGAAAGGAUACCGUCUAGUUUCAGUAGAAGAGACUCCUGAUGGUGGUUUUUUGGCUUACUUACAAGUUAAAAAGAAAAACGAAAUCUAUGGCCCUGAUAUCCCUCUCUUGCGUCUCUUUGUUAAGCACGAAACAGAGGAGCGAUUAAGAGUACACAUAACAGAUGCAGAUAAAACCCGAUGGGAAGUACCUUACGAUCUUUUACCCAGAGAAAAACCUCCUUCAUACAAACAAUCCCUCGGAAAAUCCCGAAAAUUCCCUCUCUCUGCCUCCAAAAUCUCAGGAAAUGAACUCAUUUUCAGCUACAAUGUUGACCCAUUUACCUUUUCAGUCAAAAGAAAAUCAAACGGGCAAACCCUUUUCGACACAACCUCAACCAACUCCGACCCGUUUAACAAUCUGGUAUUUAAAGAUCAAUACAUCGAAAUAAGCACUAAAUUACCUUCCGAUGCUUCUCUUUAUGGACUUGGGGAAAAUACCCAACCACAUGGAAUUAAAUUAUACCCAAAUGAGCCGUAUACAUUAUUUACUGAAGAUAUUUCUGCGAUUAAUCUUAAUACAGAUUUAUACGGGUCCCACCCGGUUUAUAUGGAUCUUAGAAAUGUGGGUGGGGAACCAUCAGCUCAUGCGGUUCUUUUGUUGAAUAGUAAUGGGAUGGAUGUGUUUUAUACUGGAAAAUCAUUGACUUAUAAAGUGAUUGGUGGUGUUCUUGAUUUUUACUUCUUUUCGGGUCCUUCACCAUUGGAUGUUGUUAAUCAGUAUACUAGCUUGAUUGGAAGGCCAGCUCCUAUGCCUUACUGGGCUUUCGGAUUCCACCAGUGCAGAUGGGGAUACCGUAAUCUCUCAGUGGUUGAAGAUGUAGUUGAGAACUACAGAAAGGCCCAAAUUCCGCUUGAUGUGAUCUGGAAUGAUGACGAUCAUAUGGACUUUCACAAGGACUUCACCCUCAGUCCUGUUAGUUACCCGCGUCCAAAGCUUUUGGAGUUUCUUAAUAAGGUGCAUUCUCGAGGUAUGAAGUAUGUGGUCCUCAUUGAUCCGGGUAUUAACGUUAAUUCAAGUUAUGGGGUAUUCCAAAGAGGCCUGGCUGAUGAUGUUUUCAUCAAGUACGAGGGAAAACCGUACUUAGCGCAAGUCUGGCCUGGGGCUGUUUACUUCCCGGAUUACCUGAACCCCAAAACAGUCGAUUGGUGGGUAGAUGAAAUUCAUCGGUUCCAUGAACUUGUACCUGUUGAUGGCUUGUGGAUUGACAUGAAUGAGGCCUCAAAUUUUUGUACUGGGCUUUGCAAGAUCCCCGAGGGGAAAAAAUGCCCAACUGGAACUGGGCCCGGAUGGGAAUGUUGCCUAGACUGCGAGCCCAUCACGAAAACAAGAUGGGAUGAUCCGCCUUAUAAGAUCAAUGCUACAGGAAAAAUGGCACCGAUUGGUAACAAAACCAUUGCUACCAGUGCAUAUCACUAUAACGGGGUUUUGGAGUAUGACGCUCACAGUCUAUAUGGUUUCUCCGAAGCAGUUGCAACUCAUAAAGCUCUUCAAUCUCUUCAAGGUAAAAGGCCGUUUAUAUUAUCACGCUCAACCUUUGUGGGGUCGGGUCAUUAUACUGCUCACUGGACUGGGGAUAAUCAAGGAACAUGGAAUGAUCUAAAGUACUCGAUCUCUACCAUGUUGAAUUUCGGGAUAUUUGGAGUGCCUAUGGUUGGUUCUGAUAUAUGUGGUUUCUAUCCUCAACCUACCGAGGAACUCUGCAACCGUUGGAUUGAAUUGGGUGCUUUCUACCCGUUCUCUAGAGACCAUGCCAACUUUUAUUCUCCGAGACAAGAACUUUACGUAUGGGACACUGUUGCUACAUCAGCUCGGAACGCUUUGGGUAUGAGGUACAAACUUCUACCAUACCUUUACACACUAAGCUACGAGGCGCACACUACUGGUGCACCUAUUGCUAGACCACUAUUCUUCUCGUUCCCCAACUACACAGACUGCUACGGGUUGAGCACACAGUUCUUGCUCGGAAAUGGUCUGAUGGUCUCACCUGUUCUUGAGCAAGGAGCCACAAGUGUGAAGGCACUUUUCCCGCCAGGCUCUUGGUAUAGUGUGUUUGAUAUGACUCAAGCUGUUGUGUCCAAGGGCGGCAAAUACGUUACCCUUGAUGCACCGCUAAAUGUGAUCAAUGUACAUCUAUAUCAAAACAAUAUCGUCCCUAUGCAAGAAGGUGGAAUGACCUCUAAAGAGGCUAGGAUGACACCUUAUCAUCUUGUGGUGACUUUCGCGGCAGGGGCUAGUCACGGACAAGCCAAAGGAAAUCUCUUUGUUGAUGAGGACGAGCUCCCGGAAAUGAAACUUGCAGGUGGGUCAUCUACCUAUGUCGAUUUCUAUGCAACAGUCAAGCAGAAUAUGGUCAAGGUUUGGUCUGAAGUUCAGGAGGGCAAGUUUGCUUUGGACAAAGGGUGGACUAUCGGAAAGAUUUCCGUUCUGGGAUUGGGUGGAACUACCAGAAGUGUGGCGAUUGAAGUUGACGGAAAUCAACUAACGAGUGUUCCAGAUGUCGAAACCACAUUAAUGGAACAGAGUUAUAGUAAAGAAUCCGAUAUGGAUGAUGCAGUUAAGACCGUGAUGGUACAGAUCAGUGGGCUGUCUAUGCCUGUUGGUAAGAAUUUUGCCAUGACAUGGAAAAUGGGCAUGUAAGUUUUAGUGAUGAACUGAUGAUUAUUCAAUCUUUUGACCAGAUUUCUUCAUACUUUUCCAAUCAUUUUUCCUGAUUUUUGUGCUUUGUCCCUUUUAGGAAGGGAAAGGAAAUUAGUGAAAUUUCUGAUAGUCCUUUUCCUAGAAAAUAGACUAAAUAAGUUGUAAUACAUCUGAUGGAGUUGUAAUUGCAUGAUGGAACCUAGCAUUCUGUAACCUUUAUGAUUAUAGUGCAGCAAAUUUAUAUCUUGCCAA